AUGGAAGUUAACGAUACUUCUAGUACUGAGGUCAUUCCUCUGUGUCACGUGGUUACCGUUGUGAGCGACGUUUUUUUGCGAUUCUCCAAUAUAGAGAGGAUUGAGCGUGCUGUUCUACAGAAUGCGGCCGAAUUGCUAGCCCGUCAAGUCAAUAUGUUUACAGUGUACGACUCACACAGUGUUUUGCGACGCCACUUCAUGCGAAAAUAUGGCGGUUACACUCGAUGCUCGGUUUUAACACAACCCCGACGUACGGUGUAUGACCUUGACGUAAGCGACUGUUCCAGCUCAGUGGACGGUUUCGAAUACAACAGUGAGACAGAUUCGGAUAGUGACAGCAUAUAUUUCCUGGAACGGAGUGGCUCUGAUUUUUUCCUCUCGACAUUCCACAGGGUGCAGCAUGCGUCGAGGCGAGGGCUGCGGCUCUGUUUUCUGGAUCGCAACCAUGCCCACCAGCAAAUCCUCAGUCUGUCUCCUAGCGGCUAUGCACCGCUCGACGACUGGAUAGACACGCCCGGGGUAUUUCUGCGCAGCAAACAGGUCAGGUAUCGCGUUCCCCCAGAGCAUCACGUUUCUCAACUCGAACUUCAACGGCAGUUGAAUUCCAUAGAUGGGAUACAACUGCCCAAUGCCGACCUUGUAGUAACAGUGUAUCCUGGGAUUCGCGAUAGUCUGCUUUUCUUAAUCGCAUUUUUUUGGUUGAGCCUGCUGCAGUUGCUAAAAUGCAUAUUUCCCCGGCGUUUCAAGCCAACCAUGCCCCCGAAAUUAGAUUUAAAACUGUUGCUCAGGUGCAUCGCAGCCCGCAUAAGUGGCGCGUUUUGUUUCGGGGGGUCGGUAAUAUACUCUUUUGGUACCGACGGCAUUCCGCCAUUUUUUCUGGCGGAUUCCGAGCUGCACCAAUGCUUCGGGUUGACCGUCGCUGCGUUUUCGCGUUGCGUCGAUCGCUACUAUACGUGUCAGAGGCGCAAAGGCAAGUGA